AUGCCGUGCUCGCCGUAUUCACUAAAAGAAAGCAUUUCAUCUCUUCUACUGCGGUUUACCCCAAGGAAAAGACAUCCGGAGACUGUGCAAUCAAUUCCUCCUACUCGUCUUACACUGCGGGAUUCACCUGUCGCGGAGUCUCCUACCGUUGGGGUUCAUCAUUGUCAUUCCACGGACAGGGCUCCAAACCAACCUCUUGAACACUCCCAAAACCCACGAAUGAAAGGCUAUGGCGUUUCCCCCCAAGAUAGCGAGGAGUUAAUAGAUACCCUCCAUUGCACCCUCCGCGGACACAAUACCUUGCAUCCUCCAGAUUCAUCUGAACUCCCGCCACAGUGUGACUUUAUAUAUGACGUCAUGCUUCUCGCGGAUCAGAAUACGUGGAUACGAAGACGUAUGGUGGUGGAUUUCGAAACGGACAUAAAUAUCAUGAGGGAGGCAGUCUACCGGAGGAUGAAAUACCGUGUACAGCCAUAUUCGGGGGAGAUAACAUGGUGGAAUCGACCCAACACAAAGCCACUGGGAAAACUGAAAGCUACAUUGCAGAUUUGUGGUCGUGGAAGGACAUACUAUGCUGAAUUUUACGUCGUCAAGAAUGCGGAGUUUGACUUGCUUCUAGGGAGACCUUCCGUGCGUGAAAUUGGUCUGUAUAGAGCCGAUCCGGCCGUGGCAACAAGACUACGUUUAUCCAACCAGCAAUGA